AUGGGUUGUUCUUAAAGCUUAACAGUAGAUGAUGAUCAAUCUGUGAUCCUUAUAAAACCCAAAACCCUUAAAUUCAAGUCUCAUAAUUCCAAUUUGGAAUCUAUUUUAAAGAAAUAAUAUACAGACAGAAGUGGAUAGGCUUUUUACAUUGUCCCAACCGAAAAUGCUUCUUUCUCAAAAGUUCCAGUUUUAUAAGGGCCUGAUUCUAAUCAGAUAGUUUUGAGAAGACGAUUAUCAAAAUUAUCUAGUAGUCCUUCAAAUAUUGUGAAAGUCUAAACUUUGCCAAUUUAUUUUUGA